AUGUGUUGCAACUACUACAGAAACUCAUGUGGUAGCUGUGGCUAUGGCUCUGGCUAUGGCUAUGGCUAUGGCUCUGGCUACGGCUGUGGCUAUGGUUCUGGCUACGGCUGUGGCUAUGGCUCUGGCUAUGGCUGUGGUUAUGGCUCUGGCUACGGCUGUGGUUAUGGCUCUGGCUAUGGCUGUGGAUAUGGCUCCAACUAUGGUUGUGGAUACGGCUCUGGCUACGGCUCUAGCUCUAGUUGCUGUGGCUACCGGCCAUUUUGCUAUAGAAGAUGUUAUUCUUGCUGCUAGAAAAUAACUGCUGUGGACCUUUUCUUCCAAAAGGACCAUUUCAAGGCCAUUUCCGUUUCAAUGUCCUACAAUUCC